CUGUUGACCGCCUGGAGGUGAGAGGCCCAUGCACCAGACUGCUAUUGUUAUCUUAUUGACGGCUAUUGUGUCUGCGCGUUCCUAUUGUUCUUGAUCUUACCAAAACAGUAACGUUGCCUAGCGACGCGCCGACGUCUCCAACCAACCGCUGCUGCAACAAAUACAGCGUCGUAAGCUCGAGGUGACUUCAACCGCAAGCUUCGCAAAUCAUUUCACACUUCACUGAAGCUCGGCGCAAAUCUCCGACAUCAUGGCAUAUCACGGCAAAGUGCUCGACCUCUUCCAGGAUAAGUACCUGAGGCUACAAGAUGUCAAAGGCGAUGUGGCGCCGUUCCCAGGGCUCGUCCCUUACGAAGAUUGUUCGGAUAACAUCAUAGUGUAUAAGAUGGAUGCACCUACAUGCGUAUUCUUAGCACUCACGCAGGACUUCACGGAUCGGAUCUCCAGAAAGAUCGAACGAGAACUGUGGACGUGGGUAGUCCAGUGGAAAGUCGGGCAUCCGAACGCAAACACCCCAGGACUGUCAGACAGGACCAAGAAAAUGCGACUUGACUCACCUACCAAACUGUCUCCUACUUUUGGGGCCCAACGGCUUCUCUCUAAUGAUCUCAUCCAGGAGGAGGAUUUGCUUCGGAUCUUGUUGGACAUCGUCCAGUGCCACGCUUCGAUGCUGCCGAACUACAUCGAGUUCCUCUACCGCUGGAUUGACACCUAUGAAGGAGAUGGCUACGCACUGCAGUGUGCGAUCCGAGACGAGAUACCAAACUUGUGGGAUUUCGAACGCCAUCCUGUGGAGAUUCCACAGCAAAAAGGUGGCGGCACCAGUCGAAACAACGGCGAUGGGCAAGAGUCGGGACGGAAUGACCUUGAAGAUUGGGCUGAAGAGAGCGAGCGUCUUCGAUAUCGUGAAGUCAAGUACGGCCUGCGGGUGGGCACUGACAGUCCAGGCCUAGUCAGGCCGCUUUUCAACCUGCCCAGGUCGCGCGUCAAGCGGAAUUACUACUUUGCCAUGUGCCACAGGUCCCGAAUGACAGCACUCCAUCUCCUCUACAAGGCGGGUAUAACCGUGGAACAGGCUCGGAAUUUUGUUCGUGGGCAAGAACUCCACCCUAAGGACACUUCAAAGUUAAAGCAAGACGGCGCCCGUGGACUCGAACGUUUGAUUAACGAAGAGCCAUAUUAUUCCCAUAACAAAUAUACAAGGAUGGUGUAUGAGAAGUGUACGGAGACGGAAAUUAGCAACCGACUUGCCACUGAAGCCGAGGAAGCUCAUGAAAAUGAAUUGGAAUUGGCUGUCGAAGGAGGGGGCGGUACAAGGAACGUUCCUCCUCCGUUGAUUCUUCCAACGGCGAUGCAUGGAUCCCACUUACCUGCUACAAAUGCGGCAAAAGAGAAGAAAUCUGAAUGGUUCGAGCAUGCCAUCAAGUCGGUUCCGAAUCAUCUACUUGGACGACUCAAGUCUGCUGCUUUUGUGCACGCACGCCCCCAAAUGCCCGAUCGCGCUAUGGGUGACGACAGCAGCAUGUAUGCAUAUGGUUCUGAUGACGAUCAAAGCUCCACCGACUACGAGUACGAAGGGGAUGACAUUGAUCCCAUGGAACGGGACGAAAACAAUUACAAUAACAACGUCGGCGCUGGCAAUGUGUCCUUUGCAAACAACACAUUGCCCGUGGGGUUUCAGCAACAGAAUCCCGUGCCAACGAACAGUCAUCAACUGAUUUACAACGCCAUCUCAUCCUACCACCAAGCAGCAGGAGCAAAUCUACAGGCAAUGCUGAAUGCGCACAAUCAGCACCUGGCCUUCAACUCGGCCCUACAUCAACCACCUCCAUUUCCGCCUAAUCCAUCAAUUCCUGCCACCGCCGGUCCUCAAAUCCCACCUCCUCUAUCGGCUGGCUUCAACUCGGCGACAAUACCGUUCAUAUCAGCAUAUGCUUCGGCAGCCCAACAAUUUGCAGCCUUCAAUAAUGCUAACAAUGUACAAGCUAAUAUGUUCGGUCACACCCAUCAAGCCUGGCAUCAACAGCCGCAACCCCAAAUGCAACAUCACCAUAUGACACCUCAACAUCCUAUCGUACACCCUUCAGCUGGUAUCGUCCAACAAGACCCACUGGGUACAAACGUACACGCACCAGGAAUGAGUUUCCCUCCGCCAUCUAUCAAUAUCAACCCACCAGCUACGCACCCUCCACUAGGCAUAGGCCUUAAUAGACCCGGCAUAAACCGCACACCACCCGCGCCCCUCAACCUCGCGCCUCCUCCCCCCACAACCGCUCGCACCAUCGCCGCAGCAUUCGCACGGAGAACCUCCACGCCCCAGACCGCGCGCCUCUCGUCCCCCUUCUCCAAAUCCAUCCCCAUCCUCGUCUACUUCCCCAAAGUGAUGCAAACCCGCAAGAUCGUCGUGGUGCCCGAGCGAACCGACGCCGUCAUGCUCGGCCACUUCUUCGAGCCAACCGGCGAAAUCCGACUCUCCCACGCCAUGUUCCUUCCCGCGCAGAUCAACACCGUGCUGCUCCGUCGUGUGAGGAACGGGGACUGCACGGUGCUGGAGACGUAUUCGAGGAAUAGCUUUCCCGGCGCCGCGGGGAAUAACGGAGUGGACGCUCAUAGAUUGGCGUAUGACAGGCUUGUCCAGGCGGCGGGCUUGAUGACGAGUUCGAAGGAUAGAGAGGGUGAGCUUACGAAGAGAUGGAGGGCAUCAGGAAGGGGCUUGGCGGGAAAUAGAGGUGCGGUUUGGGAAGGAUGGGCAGCGUAUGUGGAUAAGGAGAUUGGACUGAGUGCAAGUGAGAGGGAGGGGGCUUUUCGAUUGGGUGCCACGGGUGAGGAGAGCAGAUAUGGAUUGAAGUCGGCGAGGAUGGAGGAGAUGGAUGCGUUGUUGGAUGACGACGAGGAGGGGUUUGAGGACAUGGACUUCGAUUUCAAUGACCCGUUAGUGUGAAAGUUGGAGGGUUAUUCCACUCGCCUUGCGGGCGGAUUGGAAGCACGGCACUGAAUGAUUACAUGACUUGAAUUUUUGCUAGUUGGUUGGGUGGCUGGGUUUUUAUACGUAGGCCAUGACGAUUUUAUUUGCCUUGAAGUAAGUACGGUAUGUAGCUAUACGUGUGUAGCAAAGCCCGUAUCUAUUAUGAUACAUGAUGCGCUCAAAUGUUUUACUUGGAUUGAAGUAGUAAUGUUACAAAGCUCGUGAGAAGGGAAGCGCAAUAUUUGUGAAAUUGUACACGCUAAGAAUGAUUCU